AUGCCCAAUUAUUGCGACGAGUCGAUGAUGAAGGAUCGCAUUCAGCCAUGCGACGUCAGCAGGGAUUGGAUGAAAAAUGCCAAACAGUCAAUGGAAGAAAAGUUGAACAUGGAGAGAGUUAAAAAUAGGCAGUUUAGAGAAAGACACCGACUGAAAGACAUAGUAGACAAAGAGUAUAAAAUUUUGAAAAAUAAAUUUCCAAAAGGUUUUGAACGUAUACUUGAGCUUAUGAUAACUGAAGCCAUGCUUAAAAAACCGACCAGAAUAUCUACAUUUUUUUCUGUUUUUCUCGAAUCUCUGCUGUUGUGUAGAAUCAGGCAAGAGUUUGGCCAGAUUGAUGGAGCAGAGGGACCAGAUCUGGUUGGACUGAAAAAGAAGAAGUUACAUGAUCAGAUGGGUGACGAACAUUAUGAAGAAUGCUCAGACGAUGUAAAAUUAAAUUUUGCAAAAUUUUGA